AUGGCAAACAUGCAAAGGAGAAGAAGAGCAACUAGAGAAGAGUUGAACCAAGGUGAGGCUGAGAUGCAACAAGCGCAAGAACGCAUGCAAAGAGAGGCAGAGGUUAGAGGUGAACUUCCGCUUGAGGAUCAACAAAGUGUAGGAGGUGGAAGGGAUCAGGGAGCUGAAGGUGUAAGUGCACCACCAAUAGAAGAUGGUAGUUUGGAGAAUUCUCAAGGAACCCCCAAAGCUAGUCCAUCCGGUGCCCAUCCAGUUUCCGGGUCAACAGUCCGUCCACCGACAAUGCCUCCAGUGGAUCCGCCAGAAGUUCCAUCGGAGGACCAAGCGUCAGCAGGCAUCAAGACCCCUGCAGACACCAAGGACAGAUCUAAGGAAAGUGGUGGCUCUCAGCAGAAAGUGUCACCGAGCGAGCGUUUGGGAACUGCAGUGGAGGGGGACAGAGAUAGAAGUGUAGGGUCGUUAGUUGAGCCACUCUUCACUCCUGAACAGGUUCAACAUUUCACUGGAUUGUUUUCGCAAGCACCAUGGCUGUACACACAACCUCGAUCAGCAUUUUCUCCAUUUUUGCAGCGUCCACAGUUUUUAGAACAAGAGGAGCUCAGAGCUAGAGAAGCAUCUGAGAACAGAGAUCAAGAAAUGGAGAGGUUGAAAGAGCGUUUGAUGCAAGAUCAACUAGAAAGAGAAGAAAUGAGACAGUCCAUGAAAUUCCUGUUUGAGGAGAAUCGUAGGCUGAUGCAAAAGUUGGAAGCUCAGGAGAAGCAGAAAGAAGCUGAUCCGAAGUUUUCGACACCAGAAGAGGAUCCGCGAAAGUUGAAGCAGGCUGGAGACCCCCAAAAGGAGGCUGAGAUACCCCCCCGAAGUCAGGCUGCAGACCCCGAAAAGGAGGCUGAGAUGUUUGGAAGUGAAGAACAGCGUCAUUCUGGCCAAGAAGGAACAGGACAGAAGGAGUCAAGCAGUAGUGAAAGCUUUGCAGAGCGAUCGCUUGGCUUCAUGGCGCUGAUGAUGGAAUCGAUGAAGGAAAUGCAAAAGAAGAUGCUGGAGCCACGAGAGGAGGCUGGAAUGGUCCGAGGUGUGGAAGUGGUUCGGACUGGUGUCAUGGAGUUGCCAGCCCUUCAACAAUGCAAUCCAGCACAAGGACCUCUACAACUAGGAGAUUGGUUGUUGAUGAUCGAACCAGUUGCUGCUGACAUGUCCACCACAAGCCAAGAAUGGUGGGGCGAAAUGACCAAGGCAGUUGAGACUUGGUAUCAGCAGCAUAUGUCAAUGAACCCUUUGGAUCGAAUCUCUCAUGAAGUCAAGCCUCCUCCUCAGCUGGUUCAAGAUCGGUGGCAAAGACUGGAAAGGAGGAUGUCAACUAUGCUUCUUCAGGCAGUACCAGAAGGGGUGCGGGAUGAAUUGGUGGCUGGACGAAAAGUUGGAGUGUUCAGCAUCCUCACACACCUCUUCCUCACCUACUGUCCUGGGGGAGUCAUGGAGAAACAGAUGCUUUUGCGCAACUUGGAGGAGCCACCGGAAGUAUCCCAGUUGGUUGAAGCAGCAGCAGAAUUGAGGAAGUGGCUGAGGUGGAAAACACGAACAGUGGAGAUAGGGGCGGUGGUGCCAGAUGCGGCAUUACUUCUCAAGGGUUUGAACAAGAUGACAAGAAAGGUUUUAGAAAGCCACAAAGACUUGCAGUUUCGCAUACAGCUGGCGAGAUCAAGCCUUGGAGUUGAUACAUCUCCCACUGAGCUGACCGUCAGCCGGUUUGCCACCCAUCUCUUGGCCGAAUUGGACCAGGUUGCUUUGACCGAAAAACGUUCUGGAGGAGCUCCCAAAGUUGAAGGUCCAAAGCUGAAGUCCCUGGAAACAGAGAAGCAAGACAAAGGAAAAGGUAAGGGUCAAGAACGAGGUCAAGAAGAAGGUCAAGGCAGGCCGAGGUGCAAGUUUUACAUGUCAGAUGGAGGAUGCAAGAAGGGAAAGCUGUGCGGGUUUUCGCACGACUUCAAGGAUGAGAAGAAGAGGUGCUGGACUUGUGGAGCAGUUGAUCACUUCUCCCCAAACUGCAGUCGUCCAAAAGGCUCUACAGAUGGAAGUCCAACAAGGGCGAGGGUUCUGAAGACAGAAGGCGAAGGAAAAGGAGGAGUUCAGAAGGAUGUGGAAAGCUCAAGCGUAGCAGGAAGUGAGGCAAGCAUCAAGGAGUUGAUGGAGGAAGCCAGUAAGAUGUUGAAAAGUCUUACCAGCGCAAACACCACAUCCAGCAGCUCAACAACAACAGCAUCAACAAGCAGAGAAGAAGAAGGAAAGGAAGAAGUGAUGGAUCGGCUGCAGCAGCAGCUGAAUGCGUUGAGGCUGAAGACAUUGAGAUUGAGAAGGUUGGCAGGUGGAGGAGUGCAGGGACUGUUGGACUCUGGCGCGACAAAUCCACUACGACCACUGAAGCCGGGGGAGGAGACCACCAGCUACCGUCAAGUUGAAGUGGCGUUGGCCAAUGGUGGAAAGACUCAACUGGCGAUCACCCGUGGAGGCACACUGGUGAGUCCUGAUUUGGACAUUGAGCCGAUCGUUCCGAUGGGCUUGCUGAUUGGCGUUCUGGGCUGCAAAGCUACAUGGGAAGAGGGUGGAAUCACAGUCAUCCAUCCAAAGAUUGGCAAGCUGCCGAUCAAACAAAGUGAAGGAUGCCCACAGGUAUCACGUCAGUUGGCUCUUCAGCUCAUUGAGGAGAUUGAGGACAAAAAGCUAUGCAUUGGCGAGGUGGCAUCCGAUUUCACCAAAGAAGAGGCAUGGUUGGAAAGGCUGAUCAAAGAACACCCAGUGCUGUCUUCUUUGCCGUCUUGGAUUCAAGAAGGCCUCAAAUGCGAAGUUGGAGAAUGGAAUCACCUACCAUGCAACAAAAGGAUGAGAAAACGAAUGAAGCGAGAUGGCUAUCUUCUUCAUCUGUUUGCAGGUCCUGAUCAAGGCUUCACGCUUCAUCGAGCUUGGCAUCAAGUUGGAGGAGAAGGUUGGCAGUUGUUAGAAGUUGAUGUAGAAAGAGGAGAAGAACAAAAUCUUUUGAAGUCCAAGCUCUAUGGGGGGCUGAUGAGGACGGCAUUAGAAGGGAAGAUUCGAGCCAUCAUUGGAGGCCCGAACUGUCGAACAAGAAGUGUGCUCAGGCACAUCCCAGUUGAAGGACAUCCAGAAGCUCCGCGACCAGUGAGGCAGUGGGGUGGAGAAGAGUUUGGAAAGAAGGAUCUGACAGAUCAAGAACGAGAACAAGUCAGAGGAGAUGACCUGCUGAUGUGGAGGAUGCUCUUUCUGCAGAUGGUGUCAACAUAUGCAGCAAGAGCGAGAGGAGCAACGAAAGAUCCGUUGUUCAGUUUGGAACAACCUGCCAGUCCAAAGAGCUACAAGCCAGAGGUUGUGAGCUUUUGGGAUACAAAGGAAUGGCACAAGCUGAAGAAGGAGUUUGGAUGGUUUGAGGAGACGUUCGAACAAGGAAGUCUUGGAGGAAAGUCACCAAAGCCGACGACCUUUGGAGGUUCCCUCAAGCUCACGGUGGGGGAGUACAAGACUGGCGAUCGACGUCACCCAGAAAGAGUGAAAAGCUCAAAGGAGUUGUCAAGAUGGCCUCCAGCAUUGAUGAGGAUGCUGGCGACCGAGUUGAUGAAGCAGGUCUACAAGAUGGAUCCAAAGAUCAAACAGCUCUCUUGGCAGGAGCACAUAGCAUGUGGGCACAUCCCAUACAGAAGAGAUUGCAGAGUGUGCCAAGAAACAAAUCAACAAUGCGCGCCACACAGAAAGACGCGCCACGUGAUUGGAGGAGUGCUCUCCAUCGACACGGCAGGCCCUUUGAUUGGUGCCUACGACCAAGGAGGAGGAAUGGCAAGGUACUUCUUGGUGGGAGCAUUGACAUGGAGGGUGCCAAAAGGUCUGGAGAAGUUGAAGCAGCCGGCACAAGAGCCCUUAGAAGGAGAUGAGCCGAAGAUCGAAGACAAAGAAGAUGUAGAAGAAGAGGCCCUGGAGGAUGGAAUCUUUGGCGAUUUGCCACCAAUGGGUGCUGACAACAAUCAGGCACCAGGCGGUGAGUUGGCGGCUGAGUUGGGGUUGGGUGGAGGAGCCCCAGUCCGCCUCGCUGCCCCGCCGCGGAGCGAUGAUGUGGCUGAGUUGGGGUUGGGUGGAGGAGACCCAGUCCGCCUCGCUGCACCGCUCCCGGGUGAAGCUGCCGCUGAGUUGGGGUUGGGUGGAGGAGACCCAGUCCGCCUCGUGGCGCCACCCGAAGAAAAAGGGCCAGAAGACCUUGAAGAAACAACUGAGGUGAAGGUAUUCAGGUUAGCCCUACCCAUGAUCACCAAAACGGCCCGAGAAGUGAGCGCGACAGCCAUGGAGUUUGUGCUGCGGCUCCGGGCGGACGGCUUCCACAUAGGCCGAAUUCACUGCGACAGAGGCCAUGAGUUUGAAGGAGCCUUCAAAAGGUGGGCUAGAAGCAGAGGCAUCUAUGUCACCAAGACAGCAGGAGACGAUCCACAGGGAAACGGACGGGCCGAAGUAGCAGUGAAGGCCAUCAAGUCCCAAAUCAGGAGGACACUUCGACAAGCAGGCCUUGAUUCAGCACAUUGGCCUUGGGCUCUGCGCUAUGUGGAUGAGCUCAACCGGUGUGUGAGGAAGGGCAUUCAACCAAGCUGGCCCCCAUUUUACCAAGAAGUCAGAGUCAAGAAAAGAACAUGGAGAAGAGGAGCCUUCGAACCAGUGGUCGAGCGUGUCCACUACCUGUGCCCCUCGACAGAGGAUCAUGGGCACUGGGUCCAAAAGCAGGGAGAACCUCCACGAGUCACCAAGUUCAUCAUGGAGAAGACCACAGAGCCGGUUGAAGAAGGCGCAUGGAUAGCGCUUGAAGGACGCAUAGUGGAUCCAUGGAGCACAAGAAGAAGGCUGAGAGGAAAGACUGCGGUGAGGAGGGUUCAUCCUACGUUGGAUCAAGAAGGUGAAGAUACAGAAACAGAUAAAAAGAAAGAAGAGGUGAAACAGAUCUAUGCAGUGAUUGAGGAGGAGAUGAGAGGAAUUGUUGAUGAAGAUCCAGAAGUUGCAUCUGGAAUCAUACACGCUGUUGCAAGGCUGCGGAAGAUUGCAACAGCGAUAGAGGAGUCAGAAGAAGUACUCCAAACAAAGAUCAUUUCACCCAAGGAGGUUUCAAGAAAGUGGGGGGAAUGGCUGGAAUCUGUGGACAGCGAAGUUCAGUCGCUGACAAAAGACAAGCAGGCCCUCAAAGAGCUGACAGCAGAAGAACAUGAGGAGCUGAAGCAACAGGCAGAGAGAGAAGGACGGCGGGUAGAAUAUAUACCGUCGAAAUUGGUCCAUGUGGUGAAGGCAGGUGAAAAAGGGGGGAAAAAGAAAACAAGAUGGGUUGUGUGCGGGAAUUUUGAAGAAAAGAAAGAAGGAGAAGAGAACUACAGCGGAGGAGCUGAUGCAACAGCUUUUCGCAUUCUCAUUUGGUGCUGCGGGAAGUUUCAAUGGAGGGCUCAAAUCAUUGACGUGAGAACAGCAUUUUUGAAUGCUGAUUUGGAACUCACCGAGGAAGAGAACCUUUUGUUGAUUCGUCCUCCACACAUCAUGAUUGAGAAGGGCUAUCUCGCACCCAACACCGUCUAUCUCCCUGUCAAAGCGAUUUAUGGUUUUCGCAGGUCACCAAGAUUGUGGGGGAGGCAUCGAGAUCAUCGUAUGCACCAGUUUGUCAUCAAGGCGGAAAAAGAAGGAAAGAACAUCGAGGUCAAGCUCUUUCAAAUGGGAUCUGAACCCAAUCUUUGGAAAGUUGUGCAGGUCAUGGGGGAGGAAGAGGAUGAGCUGGCUUCUUUGUCCAAUGGCAGAAUCCUUGGACUGGUGAUGACUUACGUUGAUGAUGUCUUCAUCGCUGCAGAAGGCGAUCUGGUGGAAGCCAUCACUGCGAAGUUUCAAGAAACAUGGACGACAUCCAAUCCAGAGGAGGUGUCAGAAAAGCCAACACGCUUUCUAGGCAUGGAGGUGGAAAAGAUCUGGUCUGAAGAGAGAGAGCGCUCUGAGUGGUUUGUAACUCAGAGUGGUUACAUCAAAGAUUUGCUUGAAAGAUAUGAUCAAGGAAAAGAAGAAAAAGAAAAGAGGAUUCGAAAGAUUCCAAUCUCAAGGGAUCUUGCCAUCAUGGAGGAGGAUUCGCAACCUCCAGAUCUCAAACGAGUUCGCCAAUGUCAACGCGAAGUUGGCGAGCUGCUGUGGCUGGUGACGAGAACACGUCCCGACAUCAUGUACACCAUUUCACGCAUGGGGGCACAUGUCACAAAGUCCACAGUCAAAGUUUUGGAGGCAGCAGAACAAACAAGAGACUAUUUGAGGGGAACAUGGGAUCAAGGUUUGAAGUUUGAAGAAGGAAAAGAGAAGGAGGUGGUCAUACAAGUUUGGUCAGAUGCAUCGUUUGCACCAGAAGGAGAAGAAUCACAUGGCUGCUUCACAGUCAUGGUAAACGACUCUGCAUUGCUGUGGCGCUCGGGGCGUCAAGCCUCAAUCACCUUAUCCACAGCUGAAGCAGAGUUGAACGAAAUCAUCGAGGCCAUGAAUGCAGGAGAAUCAGUGGCCACCAUCCUGUAUGAGUUGUUUGAUGAUGUGAAAAAGAUUGCCUGGUCAGACAGCCAGUCAGCUUUGUCCAUCUUGUCAAGUGAGGGCGGGAGCUGGCGCACACGCCAUCUUCGAAUGAGGGCAUCAUAUGCCCGGCAGGCAGUCCUUUCCGGGGAUUGGGCAGUUGGUCAUGUCCCAGGCGAGGAGCUGAAUGCCGAUUUGGGCACAAAGGCGCUGUCUUCCAACCGCAUUGACAAGCUCAAGGGUUUGCUGGGCAUGGCACAAAGACCAGAUGAAUCAAAAGAAGAAAAAGAAACGAAGAAGGAAGUUGGAGAAGAUCAAAAAGAGAAGGCAUCAAAUGCGUUCAAAGUAUCUCAAGCCGCCACUGCAGUCAAGCUGAUCACUUUGGCUGCCAUGAUUUCUGUUGGGAAAUCAGAAGAAGAUGAGGAGGAAGAACAUGGAGCGAAAGAACUCAAAGUAAUGAUGGUUCUCUUCGCCAUCGCCAUUGUCCUGUUGACCUUGUUGGGUCAGAUUGUGUGGAAGGUAGGAGUAGGAAAGCUUCGCCAGGUCAUCAAAGAUCAAUCUGAAGGAGCCGACCGAAGUCUCCCUGCACAAGGAGAUCAAACAGGGGUUCAACAACGAGCCCGAGAAGCAGUCCGUGGCACAGGGGGUGAGCAGGGGUCGAGCGGCUCAUCUGAGCCCUUGGUCCGCCUCCCUCCUUCGGUCCGGGUGGAAGAGGAAAACACCACCCGACGGGUUGAGAUGGGGUUGGAUCAAGGAAAUCCAGUCCGCCUCCCUGUCCCCGAUGGAGAGACAUCAAGCUCCUCGGGUGGGCCGAGCCCGGCUGCUGGAAGCAUGGAAGCUCGAAUUGAAGAAGAGCUGAUCAGAAUCAUCCAAGAAGAAGCAGAAAUGUGGAGAGAAAUUCGACAGACUCCACUACCACCAGUGAUCAUCGAAGAAGUGGAGGAGAACGAUGCAGAAGGACUGCGAUUCAACGUUCUUCGAACAACGUAUGGUGUGGUAUACCACAGUGAUCGAUCCUGCAGGCAUCUACAAGGUCCACGAGUCGGACAGCCCCGACCAUUCAAAUGGUGUCAGGUUUGCAGAAGGGUUGCCUUGCAAACGAGGGGAAGGCCACCACCAGGGACUUCACUCUAUCUUUCUGUAACUGGCACCGCAGCACACUCAGAUGAACGAUGCCCAUGGAUCAGAGAAGGAAAAUUGACCCCGUUCUGUCAAACGUGCCGAGAACGAGAGGGGUAG